AGCCCUCCGUCUUUGUGGAAAGCGCUUUUUCAUUUGGCCAUGCGGGCGCUGUGGCUCCUAUUGGCCCUGGCAGCGGCAGAGCCGGUUUUAGAGGCCGAUGACGAGUGUCAGGCUGAGGGCUGCGCCUUGAACGCCCUGCAGGUCCGAAAGAGAAAGGUGGAUGAGGAGCAGGGCUGUCAUGACGUUGUCCCAGGCGAAGGGGGGCCCUGCUGGCGGGCGAUCAUGUGGGCCAAGAAUGUGGGCAUGCCGAGGCACCCCCAGUGGUACGCCGGCAUGACGGAGGAUUCCCCGCUCUGGAAGUUUCAGUUCAUGGCCUGGAACACCACGCACCCCAGCUGCCCUCGGCCCUGCAAUGUGCCCUCGCCGGGUGCCUGGUGCAAGAACGCGGUGGCGCCUCGUCUCUGGAAGCCCGCAGCUGCUGGCGCGCCCAUCCAGAUCAAGGCUCUCUCCUACAACCUCUUCUGGUGGCACCUCUUCAAGGUGGAGGGUGGUCGCGGCGACAGCGCGGGGCACCUCAUCCAGCGGAACUCCGAGCCACACUUCGACGUGAUGGGCUUCCAGGAGUGCGAAGAUCCCGUGCGCGUGCUGGGCCCCGUGGGUCUCCUAGAGCAUUACGAGGCCUUCCAGGCCACCCACGCCAUUUGCAUGGCCUACCGGAAGGACACCUGGUCCUUGAUCCAGAAGGGUGAGACUGAUGUGGCGGAAGACAUGCGCACAGAGUACUACGGCACCCGCGGCACACAGUGGAUGCGGCUGCAGCAUAAGGCCAGCGGGCGGCACCUCUUCUUCGUGAACCACCACGGGCCGCUGUCCGUGAACAGCGGGGGGCUCUGCGGGGGCCAGGCCACCGCUUACAACAUCCUCCAGGUCAUGGCAAAAAAUGCCCAGGUGGGGGAUGUGCUGAUGCUGGUGGGUGACUUCAACGCCAACGCCGCCUCGCGCACCCUCCAGUCCCUGUGGCCGCACCUGCACCACGUGUACAACAGCCGCUCCUUUGGCGGGGUGGACAACAUUUUCGCCAACGUGGACCAGGCCAGCGUGCUGAGCACAAAGGACAUCGGCUCAGGGGGCAGCGACCACGAGGCAAUCGAAGUGUUGCUGCGAGUGGGGCCGCCGGCAGAAGAGGCUGCACCUGAGCCCAAGCCCGUGGAGCCGGUGGCGGAACCGGCAGCAGAACCGGCGGCGGAACCGGCGGCGGAACCGGCGGAGGAACCGGCGGCGGAGCCGGCGGCGGAACCGGCGGCGGUGCCGGCGGCGGAACCGGCGGCGGUGCCGGUGGCGGCGGUGCCGGCGGCGGCGGCCAACACAGCGGAGGCCGCGCCAGAGGGCGAAGCGGAGCCGACGGCGACGGCGCAGAAAGCGGAGGCGAGAGAUUUGGCGGCUUGCCAUACUGCGGUGCCAGGCGAGGACUGCUACAACGAGGUGCAGUGGGCCAUAACAGACGGCAUCAACGGCCACCCGGAUUGGUACCCGGGGCUGAACCCCUACAGCGGCGUGGAAAGCUUCCAAGAGGUUGUGCACCAGACCAACCCAGACAAGUGUCCAAUGCCCUGCGGCGUGCUGGGAUCGAAGAUGCAGGCGAAAGCUUCGGCGCCGAGUUGCCACACCACGGUGCCAGGCGAGGCUUGCUGGAAGGAGGUGCAGUGGGCCAUGGUGGACGGCAUCAACGGCCACCCGGAUUGGUACCCGGGGCUGACCCCCUACAGCGGCGUGGAAAGCUUCCAGGAGAUGGUGCACCAGACCACCCCGGACAAGUGUCCGAUGCCCUGCGGCGUGCUGGGAGCCGAGAAGAAGAUGGUGGGCCCCACCUUCUCUGUGGACGUGCUGGAGGCGGCCAAGGGCUCGGACGGGUGCCUCAUCGAGCCCCAGACGGAGUAUGAGGUGGAGGGCUGGAGCGAGCUCCGGAAGGGCGUCACGGACCCCCGGGUCUGCUGCCGCUUGUGCCAACAGCACGGGGGCUGCCUCGCUUGGGUGUGGACCGAAUGGGCGGAGAAGUCCCACGAUUUCGGCUGUUUCCUGAAGGGCGGGAAGGUCACCAGCAAAGCGUACAAGGACGGCUCGGUGUCUGGCCUCCCCAAGACUGAGGCCAUCCAUGAAGCGCAGCGGGUGAUGCAGACGACCCGGACCUUCCAAUUGGGCGCGACGGGCGGCCAGUGAUCCAGUCGGCAGAUGGCCGGUGAAGCGAACGCCGGCCUGGUUUUAAGAGGGCCGGGCCGCUUUGGGGGGCGGUGUGGAUGGCAGGCCCCUUUUCCCGUGGAUUUCAAAACUCCAAAGUGGCCUGGGCCACGAGGGCCCUGCAUGUGUGUCAGUUGGUGGUGCCAUUUGGCUUCAAAAUGCUCAAAUUCCAAACUCGGUCCUUGAUGGCCUUUGAGAUGAGCAAAAAUGCCCCUGCCUUGUGGGCUGCAUUGGGGCUCUCUUGCGGCCGGGCAAGUGGCAGAAACUUACCGCAUUGCCCGGCCACUGGCUGUUUCGCUGCUCCGCUGUGUAGGAACGCCUCGAUUCUGGAUCCUCAUUGGCAA